AGAAAUCCCAUUUCGCAAUUCCCAAAAAGUGUCUAAAUUUUUAAUUUUACUGCUAAUAAUUGCUGAUUAUGAAACAACAUGACUGCCUUAAACCAAAAUCCCAAUUGUAAUUCGAAACAAAUUGAACUUCCUUGAUCCGUGUAAAACCCUAAAAACGCACAAAAUUUUAGUACAACGUUCUUCCCCUUUCCCUGUUAACAGAAACAUAAAAGAGAAAGGUAUUUUUUUCCAACAGAUUGAAUGCAAAGCAACCGAUGGGAGAAGAAAACAAGAAGAUUAGGAAAGAAGAGGUAAUUGCAAAGCUCAAGGACGAUGGUGACUUCGACAAGCUCCGUCUCAAAAUCAUCCGCAAGCUCAAGCACAACGAAGAAUUACGCAACAACAUCAUUUCAGCUGUGAAGCAGUCGGCAGCACUUAACCGUCCUGGCGCUGAAAACAUGAAAGUAAGGCAACUAUCAGAUGCAAUACAUGAUGAGGUUGGGAACAAAGUGAUGGGCCAGAUUUCAGAUAGUCUCUGGGAAAUAAUAAGAUCGGAAGGUGGCAUGAGAACUGAAAUUACAGAAACGGUACAAUCUGUUUACGAUAAAUUAGCUAAUCCUCAAGGGAAAGAAAAAGGUGAAUCAUCUGUCCGUGAAAUGGUAUGUGUUGGAAAGGAAUCUGAGAGUAAUGGUACCAUUAAGGCCACAGCUAGAAGAGUCGAUGAGACAUUAUCUGAUGGUGAUCCACAAGAACCACCAGGUUUCUCUAUGUCAAAUAAUCGUCACGGCAACCACUGUCAGCAAUCUCACAAGGCUAAACAGCAGCUUCCUAGGCCUUAUGAUGGAGCUUUGAAGAACUGUAAGGAAGAGCCCAGUCACUCACAGGAGGGGCAGGAACAAGAUGAUGUUGAUGUUUGUGUGCCACCUGGCUUUUCUGUAGAUAUUGAUCAGAAGCAUCCGUGUGAUGUCAGUGAUGAUGACCCUGAUGUGCCUCCUGGAUUUGGUUGAUGAGAGUAAACUUGCAAGUUGUUUCCCACAGCCAUCGUGAUGUAAAUGUUGCACUAUAAAUGGAUCAGUCGUGAACUACUGAGACGGUAUACCUCUUUCUCUGCUCUAAUGGCCUUUCCUUUCUGUUUUCAGUCGGGGAGGGAGCCUGUUAUCUGCUAAUUGUGAUAACCCGGUUCCAUAUUCCCUUUUAUAAUUUUUUCUAUGCUGGCAUUCUUGAGAAUCAGCAAGGGGUUACUAAUAUUGUAAGAGGCUGUUUUACUAAUAUUUCUUUGUUACUAAUAACUGGUUUAUUGGAGCUUUUGAAAAUGCACAAGGUAGGGAUGUGAAAAUUGAAACUGUAUGUACCUCUUAUUUGAACGACUUUCUAAACUUUGUAUCGACUCUGUAUCUCCCCUUUUUUUUGGAGAAAUUUACCUUAAUUCCAGCAGCAAACAGGCAGAUUUUCCAAUGUUUCUAUUUCAUAUAAAUGCACUUUGUAGGACUUCUUUGGCACAUGAAA